GCCUUUUACUUGGGAAAAAAUUUACUUUUUCGAGGUUCAUACCAAGGUUAUAAGACGAAUUGAACUUUUCAUGUGAUGAGCUGAUACUUUCCCAAAGGUUUGCUUAAUUGUUCAAUCUUAAUCGUGAUUAAUUUGUCAUCGAUUACUGAACUCUUUCAAAUGUUUCAAUUUCGAAAUCGUCACUUUGAAUGUUUUGUUGAAACGUUUGCAAGUUUCAUCGUUAAUCUGAACACUUUUUGUUUCCAAUUGUAAACAUUUGGAUUAAGAUAAUUGUUUUCAGUGUUUGGUUAAUUCUAAUUGGGAUUAACACGAAAAGUGAUUUAUUGGAUUAAUUGAUUAAUUCAGAAUGAAUUACAGUGGAUCAAAUGGAUCAACUGGACCCAAAAAAGCAGCGAAACAGGAAAAGGUUGCGAUCACUUCACAAGACCCAUUCGAGGAACCACCGGCUGAAGAGGAGGAACGUAAUUGGAAGGGGAUCUGUAUCGCUUUCUUUGUGAUUGCGUCAAUUUUUUCGUUAAUUGUGAUCGCAAUUAUAAUUGUAACUCCAAAUGAUCAUGGUAAUCGAGUUAAACAUCCUCGAUUGAUUCUUGAAGAUAUUGUAUCAUCUCAUUUUCAGCCUAAAAAAUUUGAUGGAUCUUGGAUCUCAGAAACCGAAGUGGCUUAUAGGAAUCACGAGGGAAACCUCAUUGUUUUUGAUUGUGUUGACAAUUCAACCAACUUACUCAUUCCAAAUACAACUUUUUUAAGAGAGCAAGUUGACCAUUAUUCUAUAUCACCCGAUAAACGAUAUGUACUAUUCGUAAAUAAAAUAAAAAAGGUUUUUCAAUACUCUUAUAUUGGUGAAUAUAAAAUAUAUAAUAUUAGCAAUGAACAAAUCAUUAACCUCGAGGUUCCUGAUAGUUUUGAAGGUGAUCAAUUACAAUAUGCUGAAUGGGGACCAAGUGCUAAUCAGUUGGUUUUCAUUCAUCGGAACAACAUUUAUUAUUAUCCAAGUGUGGGUUCCAAUUUGAAAAUAAUAACAUCCUCAGGUAGAGAUAGUGUUUACAAUGGGAUUCCCGAUUGGCUUUAUGGUGAAAAGAUAUUGAAAUCAUCUAAAGCACUUUGGUGGUCACCUUCAGGUGAUAAGUUAGCUUAUGCCUCUUUCGAUGACACUGGAGUGGACACUAUCAACUAUCCCAAGUAUGGAUCAUUUAGUGAUUUGAAUAACAUUUUCCCUCAAAUUGUUACAAUUAAAUAUCCUCGAGCGGGAAGGAUCAAUCCAACAGUUUCCAUUUGGAUUGUUGAUCUGAAAACACUUCCAUAUUCCAGUUUACUACCUGAGUCUAAACGUAUCUUACCUCCAAGUGAAAUACAGGACAGAGAAUAUUAUUUUACCGCAAUCUCUUGGAUUGAUAAUCAACGAUUAGCACUGAUCUGGAUGAGACGUGAACAAAAUUAUUCAGUGGUCAGUCUUUGUAGCGCUCAAACUGAUUGGACCUGCAAUAAGCAUUUGGAGGAAAAGGUUGACAGUCAAUCUAAAGGCGGUUGGGUUGAGCUGUUUGAAUCUCCGCUGAUAACAAAGGAUAAGAGACAUUACCUAAUAACGUUACCAUUGAGUGAACCAGAAAAUGGUUCAUUUCGUCAAAUUGUCAUGAUAACAAUUAACGGUCGAGUGAAAAAUUUUCUAACUCAAGGUCAACAGGAUGUUACCAAAAUAUUGGCCCAUAGACAUGAUACUCGAACCGUUUUCUAUGCAGCCACUUUAGAGGAUAAUCCAGGAGAAAGGCAUAUAUUCAGUAUACCUGAUAUUCAUUCAUCUUCACCUCGAAAUCCUUAUUGUUUAACAUGUAACCAAACAGAAAGAAAUUGCUCCUUUAACGAUGCGAUUUUCAAUCCAACAGCGAGAUAUUAUAUUCUUCAAUGUCUGGGUGCUGGAAUCCCUUGGACAGAAAUUCGAGAUGUUGAUCAAAAUGAUAUAUUGCUACAAACGCCGACGGAUAAAAGGUUGAGAGAGAUUGUCGAGGAAAGAGCAUUUCCUCAGAUGAGAUCGUUCCGAGUUCCUAUUUCUCCGGAUUAUGCGGCUGAAGUGAGACUUAUAUUGCCUCCGGCUUUGAGAGAAGCAGAAGAAAUCAAAUUCCCAUUGAUUAUCGAAGUUGGACCUGAGCCAGGAAAUCAAGAUGUUAACCGGAAAUUCAACAUUGACUUUGGCCUUUACUUGGCCAGUAAUCGGAGUUUCAUUUACGCUCGGAUUGAUGUUCGAGGUACACGAUUCCAGGGGAAUAAAGUUCUACACGAGAUGUACCACAAAUUGGGUUCCAUUGAGGUUGAUGAUUAUAUUCGGGUUGUUAAUCACUUGAAGAAUCAUUAUCACUUCAUUGAUCCUGAUCGAAUUGCGAUUUGGGGUUGGGCUUAUGGUGGAUACGUUGCAGCUUCGGCUCUGAUCCAUGGACGAGAAAGUUUAUUCAAUUGUAGCAUAGCUGUAGCACCGAUAACUAAUUGGCUUUAUGUUGAUUCAUUUACUGCUGAGCGAUACUUUGGCGGUCCUUGGAUCGAUGGGAAUUAUGCUCGAUACCAACGAGCUGAUUUAUCUGAAAAAGCUCAUUUGUUUAGAGGAAAAAAUUUAUUUCUACUUCAUGGAACAGCCGAUGAUGCUGUUCAUCUUCAACAUUCGUUUAGCUUCAUGAAAUCGCUCAAUAGUAAAGGCGCUUAUUAUCGUACUCAGAUUUAUCCUGAUAGUAAUCAUUAUUUGGAUGAUGUUCGUUAUCACCUUUAUCGAUCAAUUGAAAUCUACCUUUUGGAAAUGUUAGGAUUACAAGGACAUCAAGAUAUAUUUCGUUAUCUAACUGGUCAAGACAAAUGAAACUUCAUUACCUUCAGGGCUUAACUGAACUUAACAGGAGAUGUUUUUUCUUCCUUUCUAUACAAAUCUCAUAGAAUUUGGACUGGAAAUGAACUCAUGGAAAUCAUUAAGUUGAAUUUUGGGAAUCACUGAAACUCUUAACAUCCGAAUCUCUCCAACACGAGGUCCAUUCCUAAACAAAUUUUCCAUAACCAAAGAAUUUUAUGAAAACAAUUGGAUCGUCUCAGUUAUUUUCAGAUUUUCUGAAUUUCUCCUGAAAAACCAAGCACUAUCACCAUCUAGUCACGGAGAAUCAAAUGGAAGAUAAAAAUGACAAUUCAAAUUUUCAUUGGUCUUUUGGUUUUAACCCAAAUCUCUUUUCGAGUUGCAUCAACUCUUAUAUUGUAUUGAGAUAUUGUAAUUCUUUAAAUAAAAAGAAUAAUUCACAAAGAACUUCCAAUUCCAUGAUAUCGUUUUCAUAUUCAUCAUCUUCGAAUGGGAUUUUAUCAGAGUUAAUGUCCAGAUGAGUGAGCGAGCGCUGGAUCUUAGUGAAUUGAUCUUCAUGCAGUUGACUAUUGACUAGUGACAAUUGAUCAUAAUCCAAAGUAAUGUUUCGGAUCUUGAGUUUGUUCAAAGAUGGACAGUACUUAAGAAUAGACAUUAUCUCAGUCGCUGUUUGGACACAACAGAUCUCGAGACACUUGAGAUUCACUGGAACGGCGUUUUAUCCAACAAGUUGAGGAAGAAUUCACUAAUUGGACAAUUCGGUGUACAGUAUUGAU